GUAGGCACAAUCAGGGGCGAAUUUUGUUUGUUGAUUGAUUUUAGAAAAACCAAAAUGUGAAUAAUCUCACAAUUGAUAAAACAUAAUCUCUCAAAAUGAGCGUGGCCAAGCCCAAGGGGCCAAUAUUUGACCCCGGGCUGUGCAGGUGUUGUGGGACUAUGAAGAGGUGUCGUGUUUUGAACAUUGAAUACGAGAACAGCGGGCAAAAAGAAGUGUAUUCUGAUAUGAUAAUGGAUUGUUAUGGCCUUCUGUUAUCCCACCUAGACGGCAAGCCUUCAGAGCGUUUGGUGUGCGCUACAUGUGUGUUGCGGCUCCGAGAGGCGUUCACCUUCAGGAAGCAGGUGCUGCGGUGUGAGGAAGCCUUUCUGCAGAUGAGGAUGUUGGACUGUGAAGCAGGGGCUCAAGUGGCCCAAAUGGCGGAGGCGACGGUGGAGGGCGCUCCGCCGGCGGUCUGCGUCAAGACCGAGCCGCCCGACGACGACUCCAUAGCCGGGGACACGCUGGCCGACCUGCCUGACGAUGAGCCCGACAUCAAAGUGGAAGCAAACGACGACUCAAACCAAGGCGACGUACCACUAGUGCAGCGAGUGAGAAAAAAGUCCACUGCUCCGAUGCUGGAGAUCAAUGUGGCUCCUCUCGCCACGCCUGCAAAGAAGGCCAAGCCUGCAAGUGAGUUAUGUUUCUACCCGAACAGAGAUUCCGUCCUCCCCAUGCGAGAUUUCGUCCUCCCCAUGCGAAUUUCGUCCUCCCCAAUUGAGUGA